AUGUCCGGAAAAAUCCGGACGUAUGGUGGAGGGAGCGGCCUCCCCCACUACUUCCUGCCCGGCGCCUCCAUCCACCAGGCAGCGGCCCCGACCGCCAGCCCCAGCACAGCCGGUGAGUGCGGCCCCCAGAGCACGUUCCGCCAUGUCUUCGGGCAGCCCGUCAAGAAUGACCAGUGCUAUGAUGACAUCCGCGUCUCCCGCAUCACCUGGGACAGCAGCUUCUGUGCUGUCAACCCCAAGUUCGUGGCCGUGAUCGUGGAGGCCAGCGGGGGAGGGGCCUUCACGGUGCUGCCAGUGCUCAAGACAGGGCGCAUCGAUAAGUCGUACCCCACGGUGUGUGGGCACACGGGCCCUGUCCUGGACAUCGACUGGUGCCCACACAAUGACCAUGUCAUCGCCAGCGGCUCCGAGUACUGCACCGUCAUGGUCUGGCAGAUCCCAGAGAAUGGACUAACACAGCCCUUGACAGAGCCCGUGGUGCCCCUGGAGGGGCACUCGAAGCGCGUGGGCAUCGUCACCUGGCACCCGACCACCCGCAAUGUCCUCCUCAGCGCAGAAUCGCCGUUCCACAGCAUCAACAUGACCCAUUGCCACCAUAAUGUUCACGACGCGGGGUCCCAUGCUUUGUGA